AUAAGUUCCUCAUUUCCUCAAUAAUCAUACCUAAACCAUAUACACAUACACGUCAAAUUUUCCUGCUCAUUCCAAAAUUCACAGUCGACUCAAAUAUAAUGGUCCGUGUUGCGGUUGCGGAUUCCGAUCUGCUAGAUUAUUUAAGUAAUUUAAAUUCCUCGAAAACAUGCACAAUUGGAUUGAUAUUAGGACAGUCCAUGGGCAAGAAGGACUUUGUUGUCCAUCUGGCAAAGACCAUGCCCACUUUAACUGAGAAGACAGCAACAGCUUUUAAAAAUAUUGCAGAUAUACCAGAUGGUGUUGUUGCUGAUCAUGCCAAACAUACAACCCGUAUGUUGCCAGGAGGAAUAUACAUCCUGGGAAUAUUCUUAGUUACUGAGGAGCAUGUUCUUAACCCACUUUCAGCCAAAGUUAAAUCCAUUCUUAGACAUAUGCAUUCCACAUUAUCUAAACAUGAAUUGUUGUAUGGAAAAUCUGCAGAAAAUGCAGAGCAAUUAGUUCUUCAUUACAAUAAGAAAAGUAAUACCUAUACAGCAACAACUUAUUGUUUGGAAUCAUCUACAUGCACUCCAGCAGAAUUUAAUUUCAAUUCAAAAGAUUUAGCUUGGGAGCAUUUGGAAUGCUUCUAUGAGGUAAAUGAGACUGUUUUGAUAACAGACAGGAAUUUAUCCAUAAAAGAUGAGCUGAAGAAAAUUGCUAGAAAAAUUAAUAACUGCCUUAGAACUGGAAUUUACCUCUUUAAUGGACAAGUUAGAAGUAAGGAAGAUUCUUUAGUUAUUUUAAAGAAGAUGAAGAUGUCUAAAGCAGAACUGACAGAUGCUGAGGAUAAGCCAGUAUCUGUUUCUAUUUUAAUGCCACUGAAUUGUACAUCCUCUAUUAUCAAUGCGGAAACUGUCAACGCCAAAGGUUUUCUUAAAAUUACCGGGUUGAUAUGCAGCAAUGUCUGGUUACAUCCGAAAUAUAACUUUAAGAAGGCGUCAGAUGCUAUUCACGAAGAUAUUAUCAGAAGCCUAACAUCGAGGCUCUCAAUGCAUUUUGAUUCGUUAACUGAAGGCGAAGGAAACUAUAAUGAUUCAAGUAGCAUCCACGAGCCGCCCAGACGUGUUUUAAUUCCUUUGUCGGGAUCAAAGGUGAUGCUAACUGAUUACUUGUUUCCUGGAGAAGGAGUCGAAGAGACAGUGUUAUCUCUUCAAGAUAUAUUGGAUAUAACUAUUCAAACAAAGAGCGCGAUUAAAGAUGUCGAAGGUCCUGUGGACUUGGCAGAAUAUUACAAUGAAAUGUCUGAAGGUGGGAGCAACGAAGUAUUGCCAAAUAUGGCUGCGGAUACUAACAAAUUCAUGUACAUUAUCGGAACAGCAAUCGCCCUAUUAGUUUUAAUCUUAUCCCUUCUUGUACAUUUCCUUAAAGAUUAAGAGUAUAUUUAUUGAAUUAAACAUAUUUUAUAUUUAA